UUCAAUCUUUAAAUAGGAGUAAUUCCUCGGCGGGCCGUUGCGGUGUCCUCCUCGCGCGGUUAUUUUUCUCUGGAUUUAAACAACUCAGAAAAAAUUCAGAAUGCCUACAAAUAAAAACCUCCAAGGUGGGAAAGCCUUCGGGUUGCUGAAGGAGCAGCAAAGGCAAAAGCUGGAGGAAAUAAACAAGGAAUACAUGGAAGACCAGAAAUACAGAGAUGAAGAGGACUUGGCUGAAAAACUGGAGGGCUUGAAGAAUAAAUAUGCUGAGUUUGACCUAAACGACCAAGAUGAGAUCGAUCUAAUGGGUCUGAAGCGGAUGAUGGAGAAGCUCGGGGUACCCAAGACCCACUUGGAGUUGAAAAAAAUGAUCGUUGAGGUGACGGGCGGUAGCAGCAACACCAUCAACUACAGGGACUUCGUCAAGAUGAUGCUCGGCAAGCGCUCCGCAGUGCUGAAACUAGUUCUGAUCUUUGAAGACAAAGCCAACGGCACCCAAUGCAAGCCGGACGGACCCCCUCCAAAGCGGGACAUUGCAAGCCUACCUUGAGAGUAGACAUCAGGCUCCAGACUGUGGAGCACAGGGACCGCCCACGGUGGCUUGGAAUAACGUGGAGUAUCUGUAUUCAUGUGGGACCAGUGAUCAAGGAUGUUAUUUUGUGAAUACCUGACGUGUGCGUGUGCGUGUGCGUGUGCGUGUGUGUGUGUGUGUGUGUGUGUGUGUGAGAGAGGUUUCUGUCAUUUGGAAGACGGAGUCUAAAACUUACUAAAUGAUGUUUGACUGUGAAUAUUCAUGUUGUUUUUUUUUUUCUUUAAAUCAAAUGUAGCAGUGAUAGUUGUAUAUGUAAUCAGCUUGAUAAAUUACUUUUUUUUUUUUACUAAGAGUUUCAUGGUUUAUAUAUUUUAAGGGAAAAAAAACAUAAUUCUACACAAGUUGCUUUCUCCAUAUUUUUCUGAAACAUUCUCUUUAACGAUGCAAAAAGUUUUAUUUUAUUCUCGGUAAGCACAAUACACAUGCAGCAGCUUUUCUGACACUUUCUAUUUUUAAUUCCUUCGUUGUUUUUUCAGCAGUCCAGUUUGGGUUCCUCCUAAGCUAAUCUCCAUCGACGUAUCACUUUAGAUAAGGUGCUGGAGAAUACUGGCGCUGCCCAUUUCCUCCGAAUCAUCGGCUCUCGGAGCCCAAAUGCAGAGCUGGAACCAGUAGUUAUCAUGAUCUUGGACUCAUUUCUGGAGAUAAGUGUGCUGCUUUGCGUUUUCAGUAGAAGUGGCUUGACGAACAGCAAGUCUGAACCAGUUCUUGGUCUGCGGGGUUAAGCAUCCUCUGUUUUUUGGAAGGAUUGUGAUUUACUGACACACAAGCAGAACUGUACAUAAUACGCUACACAAAGUACAAUCAUAUUCUUUCCAAGUGCCUCAGCGUGCAGAGACUGUAGAACUUAAACAUGCAGUUUAAAGGAGGGCGAGCUUACAAGCAGCCAUGUCAAGAUGCCCGCUUGGCUUAUUUACUGACAGAAAAUCAUUAAAUAAUCAUUGAGAUUUAGUAGUUUUAGUUUGAGUUAUUCCGCUGGGUGUUUCACAAUUUUGAGUGAAUGAAAUUCACAAGGGUGUUUUGUUGUUUUUUUUCUCUAUACACAUAUAAAGCUUGACUUGUCCCAUUUUUCUAAUUAUUGUUUUGUCACUGCAAGUAUUGAACUUGUUUCUUGGGGAUAUUUAUCUUGGAUUAACCCCCCCCACCCCUCCUUUUUCUUCCUGUUGUCUCACCAGCCAGCUGUUUGUUUUGAUGAACUUGACUUCUGUUACUUGUGCCUCUAUUUAUCUGAUUUGAUCUGUCCAUUGUAAAUGUUCUUCUAACCCAGACUACUAUCGUGAACUUGCUACCUGUACAUGUUUUGAACAAUGUUUUAUUUUCACCCUGGUAGGAACGUGGCAUUUUUUUAGUGUUAAGAUAUUCAUCGUUUUGCGGACACCAAAGGAAUUAAAGUUCUUCUUACACUG